CUAUCAGGAGGACCGUUGCCUCAAGGGCAUGAAUUUGAACUGUAUGAAGUUAGAUUUCACUGGGGUAGAGAAAACCAGCGUGGUUCUGAACACACUGUUAAUUUCAAAGCUUUUCCCAUGGAGCUCCAUCUAAUCCACUGGAACUCCACCCUGUUUGGCAGUAUUGAUGAGGCUGUGGGGAAACCACAUGGAAUUGCUAUCAUUGCUUUGUUUGUUCAGAUAGGAAAAGAACAUGUAGGCCUGAAGGCUGUGACUGAAAUUCUCCAGGAUAUUCAGUAUAAGGGGAAGACCAAGACAAUACCCUGCUUUAAUCCUAAUACUUUAUUACCAGACCCUCUGCUGCGAGAUUAUUGGGUGUAUGAAGGCUCUCUUACUAUUCCACCUUGCAGUGAAGGUGUGACCUGGAUAUUAUUCCGAUACCCUUUAACCAUAUCCCAGCUACAGAUAGAAGAAUUUCGAAGGCUAAGGACACAUGUGAAAGGAGCAGAGCUUGUGGAAGGCUGUGAUGGAAUUUUGGGAGACAACUUUCGGCCCACUCAGCCCCUUAGUGACAGAGUCAUUCGAGCUGCCUUUCAGUAGUCAAAGAGACCAGGAGGCAGUCUGUCUUCACUAGGGAGGAAGACAAUGGUCCUAUACUGCCCUUGGAGGAGGAACGGAAACUUUUGUGCUGCAUCCACAAAGCCUGCAUUGUCUGUCUUCAUCUAAUCCAGCCUUGAUGAACGUCGGUGACAGUUGCCCGGGCACACACGCUAAUGAAAUAUUAGAAAUGGCUGUAUAUUCAAAGAAAUCUCACAUUAUAUAUCCACAUCACUGCUAUUAGUAUUCAUAUUUUUGCACAUACUAUGUAUUGCUUAUGUGUAGAA